AUGGCGAGGACUCGCGGACACAAACAGGGACAGGCAUCUUUCUCCGAUGACAGCCCUGAGUUCUUCAAGAUUUUCCUCCCCUCUACCAGCUCUCACCGACUAUCCAUACCACCAGAUUUUAUCAGGCACUUCAAUGGAGCUAUACCAGAAAAGGUAUAUCUCAUUGAUAAUGCUAGGAAUUCUUGGCGUGUCUGGCUAGAAGAAACUGGUGGGCGCUUGUGGUUGACGGAGGGCUGGCCUUGCUUUAAAAGUGAUCAUCAUCUGAAUUGUGGGGACUUCCUAAUCUUUAAAUACGAUAGAAGUUCUUCAUUUGAAAUCAAGAUAUUCAGUGUAAGAGGAUGCAGGAAGGAAGAGACUUUUGCCAUUUGUAAUACUGGUACUCCAGAUGUGAAAUUGGAAAAUUCUGAAGGAGAGCAGGAUUGUAGCAAGCGAAGGCAUUCCGAAAUAGGCCUUGAGAAAUAUGAGGCAGGCGAUUCAUCUAAAGCUUCUCGGCAUAAACCGCAAAAAACUUUCCAAACAAAUCUUGAAGAAAACAAGACCCCAGACGUGGUAGCUCGAUUGGUAGCAUCAAAGACUCCACAUUUUGUGCUGCGCAUUUCUGCUUGUACACUAAUCACCGUGUAUAUUCAUAGAUCGGUGGUGCAAGCAUUCAAGAUUGUCCUUAAACCAGAGAUGGUACUUCGUGAUCAGAAUGGGAAGUCCUGGCCGGUGAAAAUCAUUUUCAAAAAUGAUGGGCGAAUAGCCAUUGGUUCUGGGUGGUCUUAUUUUGCAAAGAGCAAUGUGAAACCAACAGACCAAUGUGUGUUUGAAUUUCUCCUUCGGAGUGGAAAUAUAUGCGAAGAAAUACGUGUGCAUGUUCUUCGUGGAAAUGCAAGAAUGAAGAAUCCAUCUAGCCAUUGGCAUUGGCACAGGUGUCUUUAA